UGGCCGUACGUGUUUGAUGUUUGCGUCGUUGCGCGCGGCGCGUUGCUAGAGCAGGCAAACAGUCAGUGUGUGAUCAUCGCGACGUUUGGCGGUCCGGGUCCGACAGUCAACACGACACGCAGCGCAAAUUCAUUCGUCUCUCAUUCACCAAAUUCAUCGUACGCACAAUCCGAAGAUGGCCGGCGCUGCGUCGAGAUUCAAUUCAGCGAUUUCGCGGCUGCGGAAUUUCCACAACCAGCGGAAUCUGUACACGUACACGCCGGAGCCGGCGAUGCCCAUUCGGGGUAGUUGCCCGAAAAUCGUUCAACCGGAGGAGGCCUUUGCCAAACUAGAAUCAUGCCAAACUGUUUUCGUCCAGGGUGCAGCCGCCACCCCAGUGGUCCUCAUCGAAGCAAUGACGAAAGUCGGCAAGGAAAAAAAACUCCACGACAUACAAGUGUGUCACAUGCACACCGAAGGCAAAGCGGCGUACACGGCCGAAGACUGCGAAGGCAUCUUUCGGUCGAAUUCGUUCUUCAUGGGUGGGAAUGUCCGUAAAGCCGUCGCUGAAGGUCGUGCGGAUUGCAUACCCAUUUUCCUGCAUGAAAUCCCCAAGCUUUUCUAUCAGAAACUCAUCCAGCCUGACAUUGCGCUCAUCCAGGUGUCGCCACCUGACACGCAUGGCUACUGCUCGCUUGGCACCAGUGUAGACUGUGUGCGCGCGGCCAUGAUCCAUUCGAAAGUCAUCAUCGCGCAGAUAAAUGCAAAAAUGCCGCGGACUUUCGGCGAUGCGAUUAUUCACCAAUCACAUUUUGAUUAUGCGGUUGAGUGUGAUGUGGAUUUGCCUACGCAUGGUGGCAAACCACCAUCGGAGAUCGAAGCGCAGAUUGGUAAACUCAUCGCGGAUAACCUCGUCGAAGAUGGCGCCACUUUACAGAUGGGUAUUGGUAAUAUCCCCGACGCUGUGCUUGCGCAGUUGAAGAAUCAUAAGAAUCUCGGUGUGCAUUCGGAGAUGUUCGCUAGUGGUGUGAUUGAUUUGGUUGAGUGUGGUGCGUUGACCAAUCACUGCAAGACUUUGCAUCAAGGCCGGCUGGUAGGUUCCUUCCUUAUCGGCACGAAGAAAUUGUAUGAUUUUAUCGAUAAUAAUCCCGAUUUGGAGAUGUUACGAGUGGAUUAUGUCAAUAAACCAAGCAUUAUUUCGCAAUUACCUAAAAUGACAGCUAUUAACUCAGCGAUUGAGGUUGACAUCACUGGUCAAGUUGUCUCCGACUCGAUUGGCACUCGUAUGUAUUCGGGUUUCGGCGGGCAGGUUGAUUUUAUCCGCGGGGCGGCGGAGGGUUUCGAUGGGAAAGGUAAACCAAUCAUUGCACUGCCAUCAGCUACGAAGAAAGGCGAGAGUAAGAUUUCCAUUGUGCCCAAACCAGGUGCUGGUGUUGUGACGAGCCGUGCGCAUGUGCAUUACGUUGUAACUGAACAUGGUAUCGCCUCGCUGUUCGGAAAGAACAUCCGCCAGCGUGCGCAUGCGUUGAUCAACAUCGCGCACCCCGACUGCCGCGAGAACCUCGAGAAGGAAGCCUUCGAGCGCCUCAAGGUCAUGCCAUCGGCCUAAAAGGAUAAAAACACCAACCUAUUAAACUCUAAAUGAAACGCACUUUUAUUAUUACUAUAUAUAGGUAUAUAAAUUAAUUACCAUGGUCGAGUCGAGUGUAGGUGUAGCUGUUGUUGAUGCGCCGUCUAGCGGCGGGUAGCCGCCAUUUUUCACACACACACACACGUUCACCUGCUGCACAACAAUCUGCAAUCUGUUUGUACAUUUCAAGUUUUUUAAUAACAAAUGCGAGGUUACACAAUCAGUUCGGCAAAUGAUGGAAGAAUAUUAAUAAACCAGAUUGAAAGUUAUGAAAA